UCGGCAGCGCCGGCGGCACCUGGGCCCGAGGCGGCGGCACGUGAGGGCUUCUGGGGCUUUGCGGGCGUCCCUGGGAUGUAGCGGGAGCGAGACCCACGGCCAGGCAGGCCUCGGACCUGAGAGAAGCCGGGACGUCUGGCGCCGGCGGCCGUCUGUGGCUUUUCCCGCUCAGGACUACGUCUCCCGCCGGCCCCUGGGGCACGGGCCCCGCCAGCGCCCCCUUUCUGCGCCCAGCGUCAUAGCCCAGGCCCCUGGACCUCGUAGCUCUGCCACCUAAGGAAUCUGCCCUUCCCCAAGGGAGGAUCCAGGAGGAGAACUCGUCAGCCCUUGACAUUCUAAAAGUCAUGUCCCUCGGGUCAGAAUUGUUCAGGGAUGUGGCCAUAGUCUUCUCUCAAGAAGAAUGGCAAUGGCUGGCACCUGUCCAGAGGGAUUUGUACAGAGACGUGAUGCUGGAGACCUACAGUAGCCUGGUCUCAUUGGGUCUUUGCAUAUCCAAACCUGAUGUGAUCUCCUUUCUGGAGCAAGGCAGAGAGCCCUGGAUGAAGGAGAGAGUGACAGUAGGAGACCUGUGUCCAGUGUUGGAGUCCCAAUAUGAUACCAGGGUAUCAUCUCCAGAGCAGCCUCUUUGUGAAAUUGAGGUACCCCAGUGGGGGGUAAGGGAGCAUCUCACAAGUAAUGAUCUUGAGCAUUCAAGUGUCCUGGAUGAUUGGGAUGGCAGAAGCCAGUUUGACAGACAGCCAGGAAAUCCACAUAGACCUUUCAAUCAAAUGUUAAUCAGUCACGAAGAAAUGCCCACUUUUGACCAUCAAUCAUCCCUUACUUUUUAUCAGAAAAUUCAUACUGAAGACAAACAUUUUGUAUAUAACAAAUGUAGAAAAAACAUCUGGCAGGAGGAUUUUCUUAUUAAUCAUCAAGGAAUUCAUACUAAUGAGAAACCCUAUAAAUGUAAGGAAUGUGGGAAGGCCUUUAAAUAUGGCUCACGACUGAUUCAACAUGAGAAUAUUCAUUCUGGAAGGAAACCCUAUGAAUGUAAGAAAUGUGGGAAGGCCUUCAAUUCUGGAUCGAAUUUCAUACAACACCAGAGAGUGCAUACUGGGGAGAAACCUUAUGAGUGUAAGGAUUGUGCAAAGGCCUUUAGUCGAAGUUCACAGUUGAUUGAACAUCAGCGAAUUCAUACUGGAGAGAAACCAUACCAGUGUAAAGAGUGUGGCAAGGCCUUCAAUCGGAUCUCACAUCUUAAAGUACAUUACAGAAUCCAUACUGGUGAAAAACCAUAUGCUUGCAAGGAAUGUGGGAAGACCUUUAGUCAUCGGUCUCAGCUGAUUCAACACCAGACUGUUCAUACUGGCAGAAAACUCUACGAGUGUAAGGACUGUGGGAAGGCCUUUAAUCAGGGCUCAACUCUUAUUCGACAUCAGAGAAUUCAUACUGGUGAGAAACCGUAUGAUUGUAAAGUAUGUGGAAAGACAUUUAGAGUGAGUUCACAGCUUAAGCAGCAUCAGAGAAUUCACACUGGAGAGAAACCCUACGAAUGUAAAGUAUGUGGAAGGGCCUUCAAACGGGUCUCGCAUCUUACUGUGCAUUAUAGAAUUCAUACAGGUGAGAAACCAUAUGAAUGUAAGGAAUGUGGGAAGGCCUUUAGUCAUUGCUCACAACUGAUUCAACAUCAAGGAACUCAUACUGAGAAAAGACCCUAUAAAUACAAGGACUGUAGGAGGACCUUAACUCACGAUUUAACUACUGUUCAACAUCAGAAGCUGCAUAACAGAGACACAUGUGAAUAUAAUAAAUGUAGAAAGGCCUAUCAGCACGUAUCCCUUAUUAAUUAUCAGAGAAUUUAUGUUGGCAAGCAGCCAUAUGAAUGGAAGUAACAAGGAAAGCCCAUUAGCUUAGGCUGAUCCAAGCUAACGCCUGUGUCUUGGAGAAAGUCUUCAGGACUCUAAUACAAGUGAGAAUACAUUCGCUUAGAGGUUAUCCUAUGUCAGAAAAUUUCUAUCCCAAGAAACAUUUUAUGGUUGUAAAUGGUUUAACCCAUGGCUGCCUAAGAAGCAGAGGAAGAAGGGAAAAAGAUGUUUAAUACAUUUCAGAAUCACAUUUUCUAACCACAUUGUAAUAAUCAUAGCAAAAGCUGAAGUUUAAUUUUCUUGGAAAUAGAAAACGAAAAGCCAAAUUACUCUCAGGUUCACAAAAAAAAAAAAAAAUCAAAAUUACCAUGAAUGAUAAUGUAUAAGCUGCCAAAAGAUGCACCCAGACCUACCCACAGUGGAAUCUUUACAGCCAAGGUCGUGUAUCUACAUGAAACCUGAAAGACUAUAUCAAAUACACAUUAAAUGUAUUAUUCAAGACUGCCAAGAACCCAGGAAAUGGAAGAAUGAAAUAAAGACAGAGAGUGAGGGUAGUCCAGUCCAGGAAUCUUAGUUUUAAUUACUUUGUGAUUCAGGAGUGGUCUACGUUUGGGAGUGUUUCAUAAUUGGGGUUAUCAGGAAUUCCAUGACAGACAAAUGCUGGUUGCCUACCCAGCACCCAUGCCCUCUUCUCCUUAAUGGAAGAGCCUGCCUUGCCUUAGUGUCUGAAAAUAUCAGAUACUAACUUUGUAGUGUGUGCAGCUUUGGGUGGCCAUAUGUCCCACAGUGUUGGCCAGUGUCAUAUGCUGGGGGUUUGGGGAAAGAGUUUUCUCAUUCAGAAGAGAUGUAUUGUGUGGUGGAAUGAGAAGGCCAUGCCAAGUAGCCGCUGACAAGUGAGCUUCAGUUACUCAGGAAUGGCUUUGAAACCCACCUCGCAACCAAGCCUGCCUGGCAACAGGCUGUGAUUGGAUGGCUUUGGAAACCACGUGGCAACAGAGCCUGCCUGGCAACAGGCUGUGAUUGGUUAGGGCAUAAACUGCCCCUCGACCAGAUUGGCUAUCUUGGUUAUUUAAGCUGCUGUACCAACUGAAAUAAAUGAGUCUAAGGGCUGCUUGCCUCUGGCCUGCUUUCACCUGACUCCUGGGGUCUGUUUGGUGACCCCGCACCUCUUGCCCCCACCACACUCCUCCACCUCAGAAUGAAUCCACAGCAACAGUGAUGGAAGACUCCUUUUCUCACUUCUUGCUUGUAAACAUCUUGCUAUUCGAGUGUGAUGCCUGCAGCUAUCUUGGAACCAGGAGGAGAAAACAGGAUUCAGACAAGCACUCAGCUAGAACUGCUUCUUUGAUGCCUUGUUAUAGGAAAACUAAACCUUUAUUGGUGAAAUUUGUUAGUUGUAUAUUUUGUAAACUCGUAACCAAUAGCAUACUAAGUAAAAUUUUACUUUAUUAUGAUUGAUAAAAGUGGCCUGAAGAUACCUACUGUUUUGAAUUUUACAUUUUUUUUCUUUGUGGCUCAAUACAGGAUUGAUUUUUGUGUAUGUUCCAUGAACAUUGAGAAAAUACAUAUUUUAGGGUACACAUUUCUAAUAAGUAUCAAGCCACUGAAUUAUAAUGAUAAAAUUCUCCCAUGUUUUACAUAAUUUGAAUUACAGGCUUGGAAUUUCUUAAAAUUGAAGUUUUUUGAACCUAGAUCUUGAACUUCCAGAGACAUUUGCUUUUUAAUUUAUGUUCUUUGCCUAUAAAAUACAUUACUAACCCUUCAUUAUGAAUCGUAGGUUUUAUAAUUACAUAAUAACCAAUUUUGCCUAUCACAGAGGUUUGCCAGCCAAAUCCAGCCUGCUGCGUCUUUGAUGAAUAAAGUCUUACUGGAACACAGCCAUGUUCAUUUGUUUAUCGUCUGCAUCUGCACAGCUACAUCACAAAUGAGUAGGCACAGCAGUUUACAUGACCACAAAAGCAUAUUUAGUCUCUGACUCUUAAAGUUUGCCAACCCUUGGCCUAGAGCAGUUCUUUUGGUACCUGAUGUUUGUUUGCCUGGUACACUUGCCCAUCCAUUUGUUUUCAGCUUGUCACUUGA